GUGAUUCGCCGGGGCGGCCUAUGCGCGUCGUUCUGAUGCAACGUCCGAGUCGAGGAAUCCUCCGGUGCACGUUGGGGUGACAAGGCGGCAGUGCGUUGCAGGCGAUGUCCUUGGAGGUGACCGGGCCGACCGCAGGGAUGGUACUAGAGCUCUAUGUCUCGGAUCGAGAGGGAAAUGAUGCUACAGGUGAUGGAACCAAGGAGAAACCUUUUAAAACAGGUCUAAAGGCUUUGAUGACGGUAGGAAAAGAGCCCUUCCCCACCAUUUACAUAGACUCACAAAAAGAAAAUGAGAGGUGGGAUGUUAUUUCUAAAUCACAGAUGAAGAACAUUAAAAAAAUGUGGCAUAGGGAACAAAUGAAGAGUGAAUCCCGGGAAAAGAAAGAGGCAGAAGACAAUUUGCGAAGAGAAAAGAACCUGGAAGAAGCAAAGAAAAUUACCAUCAAAAACGAUCCAAGUCUCCCAGAGCCAAAAUGUGUGAAGAUUCAUGCACUGGAAGGAUACAGAGGCCAAAGAGUAAAGGUAUUUGGCUGGGUCCACAGGCUGCGUAGGCAAGGAAAGAAUUUAAUGUUCCUAGUGUUGCGGGAUGGUACGGGUUAUCUUCAAUGUGUCUUGUCGGAUGACUUGUGUCAGUGUUACAAUGGAGUAGUCUUGGCCACCGAGAGUAGCGUUGCAGUCUAUGGGAUGCUGAAUCUGACCCCAAAGGGCAAGCAGGCUCCCGGUGGCCAUGAGCUGAGCUGUGACUUCUGGGAACUGAUCGGGUUGGCCCCUGCCGGAGGAGCUGAUAACCUGAUCAACGAGGAGUCGGAUGUUGACGUCCAGCUCAACAACCGACACAUGAUGAUCCGGGGAGAAAACAUGUCCAAGAUCCUGAAAGCACGUUCCGUGGUCACUAGGUGCUUUCGAGAUCACUUCUUUGAUAGGGGAUACUAUGAAGUUACUCCUCCAACGUUAGUGCAAACACAGGUGGAAGGUGGUGCUACGCUCUUCAAGCUGGACUAUUUUGGGGAAGAGGCAUUUUUGACUCAGUCCUCUCAGUUGUACCUCGAGACCUGCAUUCCGGCUCUGGGAGAUGUGUUUUGUAUUGCACAGUCAUACCGGGCGGAACAGUCCAGAACACGAAGGCACCUGGCUGAAUACACACACGUGGAAGCAGAGUGCCCUUUCCUGACCUUUGAGGAGCUCCUGAAUCGAUUGGAGGACUUGGUUUGUGAUGUGGUGGACAGAGUCUUGAAAUCACCUGCAGCAAGCAUAGUGCACGACCUCAACCCGAACUUCAAGCCCCCCAAACGGCCUUUUAAGCGAAUGAACUAUUCAGAUGCUAUUGUGUGGCUGAAAGAACACGACAUAAAGAAAGAAGAUGGAACUUUCUAUGAAUUUGGAGAGGAUAUCCCAGAAGCUCCUGAGAGACUGAUGACGGACACCAUUAAUGAGCCCAUCUUGCUAUGUCGAUUUCCCGUAGAGAUCAAGUCCUUCUACAUGCAGCGAUGUCCUGAGGAUUCCCGCCUUACAGAAUCUGUGGAUGUGUUGAUGCCAAAUGUUGGUGAGAUUGUGGGAGGCUCAAUGCGUAUCUGGGAUAGUGAAGAAAUGCUGGCGGGUUAUAAAAGGGAAGGGAUUGACCCCACUCCCUACUACUGGUACACAGAUCAGAGAAAAUAUGGCACAUGUCCUCAUGGCGGAUAUGGCUUGGGCUUGGAACGAUUCUUGACCUGGAUUCUGAAUAGGUAUCACAUCCGAGACGUAUGCUUAUACCCACGAUUUGUCCAGCGUUGCAAACCAUAACUGAUUCCUCCAGAAACAUUAAGCAAAGAAUACAGUUUAUGAAAGGAACAGACUGCCUCUUUCAAAAAAAAAGCCAAAAUCUUCCCUUUUUUAUUCCAUUCAUGUUUAUCUAUUUCUUUUUUCUCUACCACCAAAAGCAAUCCAAAUCAUUUGAAUAUCACGUAACAUCCAUAUUGUCUUUGGUUUUUUUUGGUACUGUCAUUUAAAAAAACAAUAUCCAUCAGAAAGUUUGGGGGAAACAUGUGGCAUGUAACACUACAGUUAUAAAUCCAUUUCAGCAUUUUUAUCUAAUUAUAGGUUAUAAUUUUUGCAUCAUAUAUGCCGCAUAUAUACUUAAACAGGUUUUAAUUAUGGACUAAGACAUUCCAGUAACUUAAUCGUUUCGUCCUGUUAAGUGUAACUGGAAUUCUUUAAUUUAUGUCAUUUUAUUGUAUCCGUGAGUUAGAACAUCUUGGGGGAAAAUUAACAGUGUGGUGUAAAAAUCUGCUAGUAUUAGAACAAUGUGAUUCAGUAAUAGAUACUGGAAUCAAACACACUUUUGCAUUGGUUAUUAAUCUUUUCUAAUUGUGUAGAGCUGCUUAUAAUUCUGAAGCAUAUGAAUUGGUGUGGAAGAAUUUGUAAAAAUGGAAUUGCCCUAAACAAUUCGAAGUUACGGCAAAAAAAUUUUUUUUUUUGCUUCCUAGCGUUAGGUUAAGCUAAAGAGGCAGUGAGCUUCCCUCUUUCCUGGUGAUUUCUAAGUAAUUAAGAAUAAAUAAAUUCCAAAAGAAUUUGCAGCUGGAAUGUUAAUGACAAUUGUACGUGGCUGUCUGAGUCUUCCCACACCGUGUCUUUAGAUCUAAUCUGUGUUACCUUAUUAACUCCUAGCAGGCUUAUUGAAUGCCUUCAUUUCAGAUUUGGUUAAUUUCUCUCCCAAAAUGCAUGUCAUGUAUUCUCAAUAGGCUGUAUUCCCAGCAAUCAAUAAAUGGACACACAUAAAAACUA